GAUUUUCAAAUCUGAGUUUUCAUAAGUGACGCGUAAGCGAAAAAAGGGGAACAUUUUUACUGUGUUUAGAAGUCAAAAGAAUUUGAUUGCAUUCGUAGCACAAGGAAAUUAUCUUCAGGAUGAUUUUAGCGUUUUCUGUGAUUGCGUUGCUGCUUCCAAGUUUAUCCUGGCAAACAGAUCAACUCACGUGUGAAAAUAUUCUGCCAGCGUCAGUUGAUACCUCGAUCUGUGAUGACAUCAAAUCUGCCGUUUUCAUCUUUCGUUAUGCCGUCCGUGAUAUCGACGUCAAGGUUAAAGAGACAGUGCUUACAUCAUUGAACGAAGCUCAAAAGAUCCUGGAUUCAACCAUGGCUACCACAAUUGAUGAUGUAAGAGGUUUUGUGAAGAACAGACGGAAACGCAGCUCUGAAGAUAUGCAAAGCAAAGUCCGUGCUCUUGCUGAACAAACAGCAAAGAAUAUUGACGCGGCAAUCAUUUUGGCAGAGAAGAAUAUUCGCUCUUCCAUUGCACUCGCUAUUGUUAACACUGAUAUCAAGAAUGAAAAAAUAAAGACCGAAGCUUUAAGCAUAUUGCACAAGGUGUUAAACAUUGCUAAAGGCGAUGAAUUGACACGUCGUGGAACGGCUUAUGCCAUACAAGACGCUCUCUCUCAAGCUUCAGAGGAGGUGAGGAAUGCCAUGAAAGAGGCUGUAACUACGAGCAUUAAGGAAUACAAGAAUGUCAUGGACUUCUUUGCAUCACGUUUGAAAGAAUUGUUUAAAAAGGCGAACUUUAAAGGAGACGUUGAUCAAGCCGAGCAAGAUAUUGAAGCUCUAGCGAUCAAAGCAUCGUUAUCUUUUAUUCAAUAUUACAACGAGACAACCUCAGCAGCUAUUAUCAAAGCAAUCCAGAGUGUUGAAGGAUUGUUGUUGAAGUUUAAUGAUAUUGGAAACGAUAAUCCAUACGUUCUGACCGUUAGCAAAAUACUCAUUGAAGCAGCUGGAAUGCAUGUUUCUGAAGUGGUGGACGAGACAAACCAAGUUGCUAAUGAGGAAGUAAGAAAAAGAAUCAUCGCUGACGCGGACGAGAUGUUGAAAGAUUACCAAACCAUCGAGGGGCUUUUUAAGAAACAUGGCGUGUAAAUCAUCAUAUUAAGGAAUCUUAAAUAAAAG